AUGUCCCGAGCCACCGCGCGACUCUUCUUACAUUCACUACGUCGUUUCAAUCAUUCGCGUCCACAAUUUCAAGAGACUUUAACGUUCGAGCUAUCGCAGCCUCCAUGUCCAACCUGGAAGUUGGGCGAUGGAGCAUCGUGGCAGGCCGAAUACGAGAAGACACCUCGGAAAACAUGGGUGAUGAAGGAUACCUCCAAACAAGAUGCCUACCGCUUACUUACUUCUGCCAUUAUACCACGUCCAAUUGCCUUCGUCUCCUCGCUAGCUUCAGACGGAACGCCUAAUGUUGCCCCAUUCAGCUACUUCUCUAUGGUCUCCCAUAACCCCCCUUUGAUCAGUGUGUCGUUCCUACUGUCCCCGAAGCGACCAAAGGACACGAGAGAAAAUAUCCUCAAUACCAAGGAAUUCACAGUCAAUAUCAUUAGUGAGAACUUCAUUGAAGCAGCUAACGCUUGCUCUGUCGAGGCACCCGCCCAUGUGGAUGAAUGGAUUGUCAGCGGUCUCACGAUGGAGCCAAGUCAAGAAGUCAAACCGCCCUGCGUCAAAGAGAGCGCUGUCAGUAUGGAAUGCAAUUUACAUUUUCAUCACGACGUGACCCCCCUGGACUCUCAUGAAGUUACCACAACUAUCGUCCUCGGAUUGAUCAAGCAAAUUCACGUCAGGGAGUCAGUUCUCUCACCAGAUGGACUUCAAGUGGACCCGGCUCUUCUACGACCCGUAGCCCGACUGGGAGGGACAUCUUAUUCCAGGCUCACCCAUGGGUUCGGUAUCCCUCGAAUAUCUUGGAAGAAAACCAGCGAUGAAAUAGCCCGACUCACAGAGAAACAGUGUAGCUGA